UUCCGGGUUAGUGCUUUCGCUCGGUGGCAUGGUUGUUUAGUUUGUGUAUCCGUAUAACGUGUAUGUCUUAACGGUCUUUAUAAAAUGAGUUCUCAGAGGGGUAAUUUGGCUCGAUCUCGGGGCCAGAAGCAUCAAAACACCACUGCCUUCAAAAACGACAAGUACGGGGCGACUACACAAGUGAAGAAAGCAAAUUCAAAGAUCCAUGAUGGGCUUUGUCAACACUGUAAGGGUGUUCUUGAGUGGAAAGUUAAGUACAACAAAUACAAGCCACUAACACAGCCUAGAAAGUGUGUCAAGUGCUCUCAGAAGACAGUAAAAGAUGCGUAUCACAUCAUUUGUAAGCCCUGCUCUCUUCAGUUAGAGAUCUGCUGCAAGUGUGGGAAGAAGGAGGACAUUGUUAUUCCGGUUAACUCACAUCUGGAGAUAAAAGAGCAAGAAGCUGACGAACACAGAAAGAAUGGGUGUCAACAGGGGAAGAAAGACAUGGAUGGCUUGGACAGUGAUGAUGAUUAUGAUGAUGAAGAAGAGGAAGAUGAAGACUCAGACAGUGACUCAGUAGCAAAAAAGACACAGAAAAAAUCUGCUGUGCUGCCAGAUGUGUCCCCAAUCAGUAUUAAUGAUUAAAAAUAAUAAGAAUUUUUCCCAAACCUUUGUAGCAAAUAUGAUUUUUUUUUUUCGGGGGGUAUAGGAUCACAUUUGUGUUUGUGGUGGAAGCCCUACUAGAUGAACUUAUACAAAUAAGCCAAUGCUGCCUGAUUGAUGCAGAACAUGGAAAAGGCAAUCAGGAAAUGAAGGGCACAAAAAGUCCCAGAUGACAUCAGAGGGUGGUAUAUCAUUUAUAAUUGAGUUGGUGUUCUUUGUAAAAGACCUUAAGAACUGUAAAUCAUUCGAACCGCCAUAAGUAACUUUUUAUAGACUGUCAUGCAGCCUCAUGCAUUUUGCAACUAUGCAAUAAAUCAUUGCUUGUUAUAAUAUGUUUGCAGUGUUCAGCUUUUUAGCCCUGUUGAGCAGUUAGUACACUUAGAAAUGUUUCUAAUAUUUUGGCUAUUGAAAUAA